UAGCUGUCUAUAAAAACCACAACUCGAGCUCCUCCAAUGGCAUCCUAAGCGAUCGAGUGGGAAAGAUGAAUAGACUCUCAGUGCUGUCUUUGCUAAUUCUCACCAUCUUCCAUGAAGGCCACACUGCUGUAGGCGAUAAUCUCAGCUUCAGCUUGUCGGGUUCAAGUUCCAAAUCUUACAGCAAAUUCAUUACAUCUCUGAGGAACGCUCUUCCAAAUGCUGGAAAAGUCUACAAUAUACCUCUAUUACUUCCCACUCUCAAGGGCUCAGCACGCUACACACUAAUGAAACUCUCCAACUAUGAGGAGAAAACUAUCACGGUGGCUAUAGAUGUAACCAACGUUUACAUUAUGGGGUAUCUUGUCAAUACAACAUCCUACUUUUUCAACGAGCCUGCCGCUCAGUUAGCUUCUGAGUUCGUAUUCCAAGAUACUAAGCACAUUCUUCUUCCAUACUCUGGCAAUUACCAAAAGCUUCAAAUUGCUGCAGACAAGGAUAGAGAUUCAAUUCCUCUGGGAUUCCUUGCCUUGGACACUGCAAUUUCCGCUUUGUAUCAUUAUGACACCAAAGCUGCUCCGGCGGCAUUCCUCGUACUCAUUCAGACCACUGCCGAGGCUUCAAGAUUUAAAUACAUUGAGAAACAAAUUAUCGAUAGAAUUGGCAGAAACGAGGUGCCAAGUUUAGCAGCCAUAAGUUUGGAAAACGAAUGGUCUCUUCUGUCCAAACAAAUUCAGAUAGCGAACUCCAACAAUGGAACAUUUCAAACUCCUGUCAAGCUUAUUAAUGAUAAAGGCCUUUCAGUGGAGGUUACUAACGUUAGCUCUCUUGUUGUAACCAAUAACAUCAAGCUGCUGCUAAACAAGCAAAAUGUUGCAACUUUUAAGCCUCAAGCUAUUACAAUUCCUUAGACAAACUUUCUGCUAUGAAAAUAAAAGCAUGUUCAUGUGACCUUACUAUGUGAGUGCUUUAUGUAACUGUGUUUUAUUUCAUUUCAAUGAUGAACUGAGUCUUUUCAGUUUUAUA